ACCUAGCUUGAGCCUAUAUAAAGCCCCCCAGAACCUGCUUACUCCUGCAAGAGUUUGAGCCAACACAGAAUACUCCUCCCUACAGCUCUCCCUUCGUCCCUCCACGGGGUCUAGGGUUAGAGACAGACAGGGAGAAGUUCCAAACAACAGCAAGACUCUCAGCUUACGAGCCAGUGUCCAUUCAUUUUGUCAAGCUUUGUUGUGAAGUUUGCAACCUUUGUAUCACAAUGGCUGGCCUAUCUCUGGAACACCCCUGGGCAUUCGCCUUUGGCCUUCUAGGCAACGUCAUCUCCUUCAUGAGCUACCUGGCCCCAAUACCGACGUUUAUCCGUAUCUACAAGAGCAAGUCGACGGAGGGAUUCCAGUCGGUCCCGUACGUGGUGGCGCUCUUCAGCGCGAUGCUGUGGAUCUACUACGCGCUGGUGAAGAGCAACGAGAGCCUCCUGAUCACCAUCAACGCGGCGGGCUGCGUGAUCGAGACCAUCUACGUGGUCAUGUACUUUGUGUACGCGCCCAGGAAGGCCAAGCUGUUCACGGCCAAGAUCAUGCUCCUCCUCAACGGCGGCGUCUUCGGCGUCAUCCUCUUCUGCACGCUCUUCCUCGCCCACGGCGAGAAGCGCGUCGUCUCCCUCGGCUGGAUCUGCGUCGCCUUCUCCGUCAGCGUCUUCGUCGCCCCGCUCAGCAUCAUCGGCCGCGUCAUCAAGACCCGGAGCGUCGAGUACAUGCCCUUCUCCCUCUCCCUCUCCCUCACCCUUAGCGCCGUCGUCUGGUUCCUCUACGGCCUUCUCAUCAAGGACAAAUACGUCGCGCUGCCGAACAUUCUUGGGUUCUCCUUCGGGGUGGUCCAGAUGGCGCUGUACAUGUUCUACAUGAACAAGACGCCGAUAGUGCGCGGCGACGGGAAGGAGGGGAAGCUGCCGGCGGCGGAGGAGCACGUCGUGGUCAACAUGGCAAAGCUCGGCGGCGGCGCCACACCCGAUAAUAAGAACUGCGGCUCCGAGGUGUACCCGGUCGAGGUCAAAGCCCUGCCCAAGAGCUGCGCGGCCGGCGUUGACCGUCCGCUGGUGGAUCCUACGGCUCGUCCUGCGACUGUCGAGGUGGUCUAGCUCCAGAUAUGAUCCACGUGUCUGCAUGCAUCAUGCAUGGCCCAUGCACAAGUCAUGCAUGCAUGCAGGCUUUAAUAUUCGCACAUGCAGCCGGGAAUAUAUGCUAGCUAGCUCCAGUCCGUCCCGGGUAUAGACUGAAUUAAGGAGCUAUUAAUUAUUGAUGAUUAUUAAUUAGUUAAUUUCCCUAUUAGUUAGCUAGGCCGAUCAUGCUUGCAUGCAUGAGAGUGGCUGAACCUAGCUAAUAAUCAUGGGGGAAGGGAGAGAGAGGUCUCGGUCUGUGUUUGAUUACUGCUGCUGUGUCUGUGUCGUAUUCAUUUCCAUCGAUCGACGGUGGAUGCAUGUAUUCUUACCUGUCGUUGGAGUUCAAAUUGUACGUGUAAACGUUUUAUAAUAAAAUGAAAUCGUUUUAAUUAAUUA